AUGGCUGCGAAGCGCAAGGCGUCCGCUAUGGCCGCGACCAUAGACGACGAGCCAGUCGAUCCGUCCGAUGAGCUUGCUUUUUACUGCCUCGGAGGAGGGAAUGAAGUCGGCCGCUCAUGCCACAUUAUCCAGUACAAGGGAAAGACUGUUAUGCUCGACGCCGGUAUGCAUCCCGCCAAAGAAGGAUUCGCAGCUUUGCCUUUCUUCGACGAAUUCGAUCUUAGUACCGUCGAUAUACUUUUACUCAGCCAUUUCCACGUCGAUCAUUCAUCCGCACUUCCCUAUGUCCUAAGCAAAACUAAUUUCAAAGGCCGUGUUCUGACAACACACGCGACAAAAGCUAUCUACAAGUGGUUGAUCCAAGACAAUGUGCGAGUCAGCAAUACAUCGUCCUCGUCGGACCAGAGAACAACCCUAUACACAGAACAUGACCAUCUCUCCACUCUUCCCCUCAUUGAGACGAUCGACUUUUAUACCACCCAUACCAUCAACAGUAUACGUGUUACGCCGUACCCUGCUGGACAUGUUCUCGGCGCUGCAAUGUUUCUAGUCUCGAUUGCAGGUCUCAAUAUCCUGUUCACUGGCGACUAUUCUCGAGAGGAAGAUCGACAUUUGAUUCCUGCAGAGGUUCCAAGAGGAAUCAAAAUUGAUGUUCUCAUUACAGAAUCGACAUUCGGUAUAUCGUCAAAUCCACCUCGUUUAGAACGGGAGGCCGCUCUCAUGAAGUCCAUAACUGGUAUACUCAAUCGCGGCGGUAGGGUCCUGAUGCCUGUAUUCGCCCUCGGUCGUGCGCAAGAACUUCUUUUGAUUUUGGAAGAAUAUUGGGAGCGACAUCCCGAGUACCAAAAAGUUCCCAUUUACUAUAUCGGAAAUAUGGCACGUCGAUGUAUGGUCGUCUACCAAACUUAUAUCGGGGCCAUGAAUGACAAUAUUAAACGUCUUUUCCGACAGAGGAUGGCCGAGGCAGAGGCUAGUGGAAAUAAGAAUGUUGCAGCAGGACCCUGGGAUUUCCGAUACGUUCGCAGCUUGAGAAGUCUUGAACGCUUUGAUGAUAUAGGUAGUUGCGUUAUGCUCGCCUCGCCAGGUAUGUUACAGACUGGUACUAGCAGGGAACUCCUCGAGCGAUGGGCUCCGAGUGAACGAAAUGGAGUAGUCAUGACUGGUUACAGCGUCGAGGGAACUAUGGCCAAACAGUUACUUAACGAACCAGAGCAGAUUCCAGCGACUAUGUCAAAGUCUGCAGCUGGUCCUGGCAGUCGUGCCAAUCCCAUGGCGGAUGAAGACCAGAAAGUCAUGAUACCGAGACGUUGCACAAUUGAUGAGAUCAGCUUCGCAGCACAUGUGGAUGGUGUCGAGAACAGGAACUUCAUUGAACAAGUGGCAGCACCGGUUGUGAUUCUCGUACACGGCGAGAAACAUCAAAUGAUGCGUCUCAAAUCUAAACUACUUAGUUUGAACGCCGAGAAGACGAACAAAGUAAAAGUUUACACGCCUGCCAACUGCGAAGAGAUCCGAAUUCCGUUCAGAAAAGACAAAAUCGCCAAAGUCGUGGGCAAAUUGGCAGAGGAGGCACAACCAACAGAAAUUGAAGGCGGCAAACUUAUGGCGGGAGUCCUUGUGCAAAACGGAUUUGAUCUGUCGUUGAUGGCUCCAGAGGAUUUGCGUGAAUACGCUGGUCUGACGACGACGACGAUUACAUGCAAACAACUGUUAACAUUGAGUUCCGCAAGUAUGGAUCUGAUCAAGUGGGCAUUAGAAAGCGCCUUUGGUGUUAUUGAGAGAAUUGGUUCCAGCGAAGACAAGCCACUUAAAAAAGAGAAUGGAGCAUACGAAGCAGCCGACGAAGAAAUUGAAUAUGCGCAAGAUGAAAUGUAUCUGGUGAUGGGAAGUGUAAUUGUGCGUUACCUGGCCCGCACGCGAGAGAUUGAACUCGAAUGGGAGGGAAACAUGAUGAAUGACGGUGUUGCUGAUGCAGUCAUGGCAGUCCUCAUGACUGUCGAGAGCAGUCCGGCAUCUGUAAAACAAUCCUGCAAGAAUAAACACCAUCACCACGAGCACAAAGAUGAACCAGAAGAGAAACACAUCCCAACCCAGGGUGGAAUGAGUUCUCACGAACGCUUCGCUCAACUUCUCAUGAUUCUCGAAGCCCAAUUCGGCGAAACCAUGAUCCCAAUCGAAAAACCACGUCUUCAAUCCUCGAAAUCAUCGACUCAAAAUGGUACUACCACAGCAUCAGCCGAUAAGAAUACUGCAGAGGAUGAAGAAGAAGAACUCUCCGAAGGAGAACUCGCCGAAGCCGAAGCCGACGAAUUAUCUCGCUUACACGGCCUCGGUAUCCCAUUCCCGGGUGUAGAAAUCAAAAUCGAUAAACAUGUUGCGCGCGUAUGGCUGGAAGAUCUAGAGGUUGAUUGUUCGUAUACCGUGCUUAGGGAUCGUGUUAGGGUUGUACUUGAGCGCGCAGUUGAGACUGUUGCGAGUAUGUGGACUGAGGAAUUUGGUGGGCGGAGUAAACUUAUAACAACGAAUGGACACGGGGCUGGAGAGAAGAAGUUGUUUGAGAAGAAGUUGGCUAUGAUUGAGGCGUGA